GGCGUCUGCGGGACAGGGGCAGCAGCCUGCUGGCACCGCAACCCACGGGGAGGGAUUGAGUGCCUUAGCGGCCCCCCCAGCAAUGUCCGCGUCGGGACUUGGGCCCAAGCCCUCUCUUAUGUUCCCUCUGGGGGGACCCAAUCUGUGCUCCUCGACCCCCUGGGGCAAAGGGUUCCUGUGAGGGGCUGCUGCCCCCCGGGACUGAAAAUGAAAGGAUCUUUUUUUUCAGGGGUAACAGCACCUUGGUAGUUGUGAAGUGAGCCCACUGGAAAGCCCACCAACGCGCUUCACCCCCACAGAGCUGAAGUAAUAAGCUUUCUGAAAAGGCAGAAUGAGGACAAUCUUGCUACUUCUAUCAUUCUAGACAAUCUGCAUCACCUUGCUUCAUCAUCAUUCCAGAAUAGUUGUGUCCUUGGGCCUUUCUCUUAACAUUGAUAUGGUACAGAAGAUUUAAAAUCAGCUGAUGUUCACAAGGAAUAGAGUCACGUGAUGUAUGAAGGCAAACACAUACACUUCUCUGAGGUUGACAACAAGCCUUUGUGCUCCUACAGCCCCAAACUGUGCAAGCAGAGGCGACUCAACGGCUACGCCUUCUGUAUCAGACACGUUCUGGAGGACAAGACUGCCCCCUUCAAGCAAUGUGAAUAUGUGGCCAAGUACAACAGCCAGCGCUGCACCAACCCCAUCCCCAAGUCUGAGGACCGUAGGUACUGCAACAGCCACCUGCAGGUACUUGGCUUUAUACCGAAAAAGGAGAGGAAGAAAAAGAAUGAUCCCAUAGAAGAGGUAAAGGUCAGGCACCAGAUGGAUGCGACAGCCUUCGGCCUGACCGUGCCCACUGUGGCCUUGAAGAUGCCCAAUGGAGUGGAUGGGAUGUCUCUCUCCCCUCCAGGGGCAAGGCUUCCUCUCCACUAUCUGGAGGCAGAAUUAGAAGACCCCUUUGCUUUCAACGAGGAGGAUGAUGACCUGAAAAAAGGGGCAACAGUUAGGAAAAAGCUGCAGAGCAAGUUGGCUCAAAACCGACAGCGCCAGAGAGAGACAGAGAUUUUAAAAGUUCGCCAAGAGCACUUUAGCCCCCUCCCUGCACCUUUGCAGCAGCAGCCUCUGCAGCAGCAGCAGCAGCACUCCCAUCUACCACCUUCAUCAGCUUCAUUAAAGCCAACAGGGCUACCACAGGGCAUUGGCUGCAAGUCACCUCAGCCUCUGAACACCAGCCUACCAGUGCAGGGAGCAGCAUACACCACACACACUAUAGCACAAGCCCGGCAGUUGUCUGGCAAGAGACCUCUGCCUCUCCUGCCACCUCCUAGGGCUCCUGUCACAGACCCUCCAAGGACUGAUCGGGUCCUCAUGAAAGCCACAGCCUUUUCUCCACACUCAUCCUGCAUGAGCCAGUUACAGAGGCUGGUGAAACUGUGCACUCGAAAACAGCAGCUGGACACUGAUCUGUUUCCACAUUUAGGGCUGGAUUGGUCUGAAGAUAGUGGAGAAGAAUUGGAUGAUUCAGAGCAAACCUCUCCUUACCAGGUUGCGUGGUCUAUCCGAGAAAGCCUUGGCUAUGAGAGACAUGAGUCUGAUGAUGACUUUGCAGAUGACAGGAGUUCCAGGGUGACCAGACUUUGCACUUACUUUCAGCAUAAAUACAAGCACCUCUGCCGCCUGGAGCGGGCAGAAUCCCGUCAGAAGAAGUGCCGGCACGCGCUCCGGAAAGCCUUGCUGCAGGCAGCCAGCAGAGAGCCAGAGCGUGCUGGGAAACUGAUCCAGGAACUCCGAAGAGCUACGUGUGCUCGUACCAGCACAAGCCAAGUGAGGCAGAGAGAUGCAGAACCAACAACGUGUUGUGGGACUUCAAAGGGAGAGCAGUGCACUAACAAGGCCCUUCCAUUCACCAGGCAUUGUUUUCAGCAUAUCAUGUUAAACCGUUCUCAGCAGCUCUUCUCAAGUUGCACAGCCAAGUUUGCAGAUGGUCAACAGUGCUCUGUGCCAGUUUUUGACAUUACACAUCAGACACCUCUGUGUGAAGAACAUGCCAAAAAAAUGGACAAUUUCUUGAGAGGGGACAGCUCUCGUAAAGUUCAGCACCAGCAGCAGAGGAAACCCAGGAAAAAAACGAAGCCACCUGCACUUACCAAAAAACACAAGAAGAAGAGAAGGCGAGGUCCACGCCGUCCCCAGAAACCCAUUCCUCCUGCAGUGCCCCAAGGGAACCUCACCAUGCCUGCCAGUGUCUCACUGCCAGCAGAGAUACCCCACAUACGGAGCCCCUCCACACCAGAGCUGAGUGCUGAUGAGCUGCCUGAUGAUAUCGCCAAUGAAAUCACAGACAUUCCACAUGACUUAGAAUUGAAUCAGGAAGACUUCUCUGAUGUCCUGCCACGGCUGCCUGAUGACUUGCAAGAUUUUGAUUUCUUUGAAGGUAAAAACGGAGAUCUCCUUCCAACUACAGAAGAGGCUGAAGAACUGGAACGGGCCCUACAGGCUGUAACUUCUCUCGAGUGCCUGAGUACCAUUGGAGUACUUACACAGACAGAUGGUGUGCCAGUUCAGGAGCUGUCAGAUAGAGGGAUAGGGGUGUUCUCUACAGGUGCUGGAGCUCCAGGAAUACAGUCCUUGAGUCGAGAGGUUAACACAGAUCUGGGGGAGCUGUUGAAUGGGCGUAUAGUACACGAUAAUUUCUCUAGUCUGGAGCUGGAUGAGAAUUUGCUCCGUUCUGCUACCUUGUCCAACCCACCCACGCCCCUGGCAGGGCAGAUCCAGGGGCAGUUCUCAGCCCCAGCCAACGUCGGCCUUAGUUCCGCCACUCUCAUAAGCCAGAGUGGCCUUGGGGAGAGAGCCUUCCCUGGACAAUUUCAUGGACUUCAUGAUGGCAGCCAUGCCUCCCAGAGGCCCCACCCUGCCCAGCUGCUGAGCAAGGCAGAUGACCUGAUCACCUCACGACAGCAAUACAGCAGUGACCAUUCACACUCCUCACCCCAUGGAAGCCAUUAUGAUAGCGAGCAUGUGCCGUCUCCCUACAGUGACCAUAUCACAUCCCCUCACACCACAUCCUUUUCUGGUGAUAACUUGGCAGCUACCUUCUCAGCAGAGAUGCCCAUGAUGGCACAGCACUUGCUCCCAACUCAGCUGGAUGUGCCACUUAGCGGGGUGGUCAACCCCAGAACUCACUGGGGAAAUCUUCCUGUCAAUCUUGGGGACCCCUCUCCAUUUAGCAACCUUCUUGGUGCAGAUGGACACCUCCUGUCCACCUCCCUGUCCACACCACCUACCACCUCGCACUCAGAGACCACCCAGCCUGCCUUCGCCACUGUGACCCCCAACAGCUCCACCGUGCUUCCGGGGUUACCGCAGACCAGUUUUAGUGGAAUGGGUCCUGCCUCCUCUGAACUCAUGGCCUCCACCUCCCCCAAACAGCAGCUCCCUCAGUUCAGCGCCGCCUUUGGGCACCAGCUGAGCUCCCACAGUGGCAUCCCCAAGGACCUGCAGCCCAGCCACAGCUCCAUAGCUCCUCCCACGGGCUUCGCAGUGACUGGUGCCACCACCACUACUACUAAUAACGCAUCGGUGCCCUUCACCACCUCCAACUGAGCUUGUCUGCCUGGCUCUCUGCAGGUAGAUGGGGGACCUGUGUUUUCUAUCUUUCCUUUUUUCCUUUUUCCUUUAUUUUUUCUGUCCUCCCUUCCCUAUUUUUAAAGAGAGGGUUGAGAAGAAAACCCCUGCUUCAGUACUGACCAGGGCUAGCCCUCUGUGAACCUUGCUGUAGCGUACACAUGUGCUUGUUGUUAUGCACCGGUGCUCAUUUAUUGCAGGCAGGUUCACCAUUCCCCAGUAAUUCCUUAAGGAUGCAGCACAGUUACUGGAUGUAAUUGAUCUUAGCAGUAAGACCUGGAAAUGGGAAGAUACCUCAGAUUACUGAUGCAUGUUACUGUUUCCUAGGGUUCAGAUCAGUGCUUGCCAUCCCAUUAGCAUCUGGUAGUAAGUUUUCCAGUGGGCAGAAGUCUCUGAUUUCCUUUUUUCCUUUUUUCCUUUUUCCUUUUUCCUUUUUUCCUUUUUUCCUU